AACCGGGCCACGUGACUGGCGAAAGCCAUCGUGGAGGCGGAGGGAGGAGAAAUGGGCGGGAGGCCUCGGGGAUAGCUAGAGACCCGGCAAAUACCAGGUUGUCAUGGAGUCGUGGGGCCCGGCUCGCGCAUGCGCCAGCUAACCCGCCGGGCUGGUCAUGGAGCAGCGACCCUGGCCCUAGACAGGAUCUCGCUAGGUAGACCUGGAUGGCCCAAAGCUCACUAUAUAGACCAAGUUGGCCUCAAACUCAGAGAUCUGCCUGACUUUGCCUCCUGAGUGCUGGAGCAGUCCAUAUGCAAAGAGUACCUGUGAUUCAGCUUCCGGCCCUCAUAGACAUGGAGAGGAAAAUCCCAUCCAGAGAGAGCCCCAGAAGACUCUCCGCCAAGCCAUGCCGGAGCACGGAGAUGAAAAAACUAGCCCGACCACUUGGUGUGGUGGCGGCUGACUCAGACAAGGACUCUGGCUUUUCAGAUGGGAGCUCAGAAUGUUUGAGCUCUGCAGAGCAGAUGGAGUCAGAGGACAUGCUGAGCGCCUUGGGCUGGAACAGAGAAGACAAGCUGAGGCAGACUUCCAAAGCUGCAAACAAUGCCUUCCCUACUCUGUCCCCUAUGGUCGUCAUGAAGAAUGUGCUGGUCAAGCAGGGCAACAGCUCCUCCCAGCUCCAGUCCUGGACUGUCCAGCCUUCCUUUGAAGUGAUCUCAGCGCAGCCUCAGCUCUUUGUCCUUCAUCCACCUGUGCCAUCUCCUGUCAGCCCAUGCCACACUGGUGAGAAAAAGUCAGAAUCUAGAAACUACUUGCCCAUUCUAAAUUCUUAUACCAAAAUAGCCCCCCACCCAGGCAAAAGGGGCCUCAACUCAGAAGACAGAGGAACCAGUGGGGUACCGAAGAAAGUCUGCACAGAGAGACUGGGGCCAAGCCUGUCUUCCAGUGAGCCAGCCAAGACUGGCCGAGUGCUAUCCAGUCCUUCCACUCCAGCCCCACCCAGCUCCAAACUCACGGAGGACUCGGCUCUUCAAGGAGUUCCCUCCCUUGGGGCUGGCGGAAGUCCACAGACUCUUCAGCCUGUGUCCAGCAGCCAUGUGGCUAAAGCUCCCAGUCUGACCUUCGCUUCACCUGCCAGUCCUGUGUGUGCAUCAGACAGCACUCUGCAUGGCUUAGAGAGCAGCUCCCCUCUCUCCCCACUGUCAGCCAGUUACAGUUCACCUCUGUGGGCUGCGGAGCACCUCUGCCGCAGCCCAGACAUCUUCUCCGAGCAGAGGCAGAAUAAGCAUAGGCGCUUUCAGAAUACCUUAGUGGUCCUCCACAAGUCUGGUUUGCUGGAAAUCACUCUGAAAACCAAGGAGUUGAUUCGUCAGAACCAAGCAACUCAGGUGGAGCUGGACCAGCUGAAGGAGCAAACCCAGAUGUUUAUAGAGGCCACCAAGAGCAGGGCUCCUCAGGCAUGGGCUAAAUUGCAGGCAUCACUAACAUCUGGGUCCAGUCAUUCAGGCAGUGACCUAGACACAUUGUCUGAUCACCCAGACAUAUAGCACAGAAACAUUUUCCAGUUAUUUGAGUUAACUCCUUUGCUAUUACAACUACACUUGUUUUCCACAGCCUAUUUAAGAGCUUUUCUUUCUAAACUCACCCACAAAGCCACGUGCCAGUCCCUGGCUGGUGUCCUAGUCUGUGGUCCAUGCACAGGUUAAGUGUGUUUCAGUUGCUCUGAGGACCUCCAGCUGGAAGUGCCCGUGAAUCCCUUUUCCUUAACCUGUAGGCACUUCUCGGGAUCUUGGGACAAAGGAGAGGUGGCUGUAUGUGUCUCUUUGAGCUGUCACUUCCCAUCCUCCUCCUCACUGUCCAGGAUCAGGGUACAGUGACAUGGAUGAGUAUAUACAGUGACACUUGUCCAGCCAAGGAGUAGGUGACCUAAGGAUCCCUUCACUGUCCUCCCUCAAGUGUUAAUCACGGAGAAAAAGAAGAGGGUGUGUUCUCCUUCUACCAGGCGUUGUGCCUGUUGAGUGAAACCUAAAAUGCUUUGGGCACAGGUACUUGGGUGCAAGCAUUUGCCACAUAAGGCUUUGUUCCUUACACUUGAAAGUUAGAGGAGAAAGGGCAAAGCCCUUUCACACACGUCCGACUCACACACUGAUCACACACCAGAUCUCACUUAGACAAUAGGCAAUACUUCUGAGUUUUAAAAUAUAGGAUGGAUUUAAUACUGUCUGGAAUUGUAUUUGAUGAAUUGCUUUUUUUUGAUUUAAGGGUCAAAGAAGCCAGCAUUUUUGGUCACUAGCUGGAAGGUUUUGUUAAUUUAUACUUGAAAUAGCACAACCAAUCUAAAAGGUAGGGCUGCAGGAUGGCUCAGUGAGUAAAGGUGCUUGCUGCCAAUGGCCUGAAUUUGAUUCCCUGAACCCACAUGACAGAGGGAGAGAACCUACUACUGCAAAUUAUGCAUCAAAUGUGCACACACACAUGAUAAAUAAACUAAUAUAAAGUUAAAGAUACAAGCUAUUAUCAACAUCAAAGCAAGGUAAAACAAUCAAAAGCUUGAGAUGGCUUCAGUGGGUCCUCAGGGUCUAGUGUAAGUCCCUCUGCUGUCUCUUGUCUGUCCCUCACCCAGCUGAUUCUGUGAGGGAAAAAUGAUUGUGUUUAUAAAUUUAAGUUAAAUAAAACUCCAAGGCCACAACAAUCAUAAAGGAUCCUUCCCUGUUUUCACAUCUGUGUUCUCAUGCAUGCCCUGUGACAAUGGCGGCCACCGUGGAUCGGACUUAGAUCUCGUGUUCGAUGUGGUCAGCAGAGCUGAAGUGUGGUGUCCCUCUCAGAGGCUGGUUUUAGGGUGGAGAGCUUGAGGAGUUUCCAUGUCUUCAGCUACCCUGUGCAGGUAACUUAAGUGUCUAAAUGGUCAAGAUCCAAAGGCUUGUAUCCUCCGUUAAAAUUUUCAUCCUCCUGGAAAUCUUUGUUCUUUACAAAUUAACUUGGUUUUUAUGACCAGUAUCUUUUUAUGCAGAGAGGAUGUUCUUGGGGCUUUACUAGGUCCAGAGUUAAGGAUCACAUUUAUUACAGAGUUGGUUAUAAUUCUAACAUAGUUUAAAAAGUAUAAGACUCAGGUUGUCUCUACUGUGCUUGUAAAGAUACAUGAUUUAGAUAUGACUGGUUUAAAAAUAGUCAACUUGGUAAAAUCUCUAUUCUUUGGUCAACAUAGAAUUAUUACCUGCUGUUUGCUUUCUGAAAGUUUCCAAAAUCAGAGUCAGUUUUUCUGGGCAGACUCAGCUCCUCCUGAUGUGCUUCCCCUAAAUCUGUAUGGUAUCGUGGCCAUUCUGCACUCCACUAGGAAGCGUCCUUCCUGGCAGAACGUUUGGCAGGAAAGCUGUAGAGACAGGUGCAUUCAGAGCAGCCUGGGCACCAGCCGUGAGUUUUAUCGUGUGUCAGAAGACUGGAAGCACUUGCUGGGAGCCGAAUGUACUACUGCACUGGAAAAGCCUGCUCUCUGUCACGCUGUAAGCUGCUUGCACUCUUCCUCCCAGAUUCUGGUUUUCUUUUCCCUUCCUGUCCCCAUAAAAGAUGAUGAAAGCCACCAUGGAUUAUUACUGCUGAGUGGUGGGAGGGUUAGCCCCCAGUCACUGCUCCUCUGAUCUUAGAGGCACAGCUGCAGGUCUCUAGGCUGUUAGCAUAGUGCUCUGUCCUGGUGCAGCUGGAAGCAGGCAGACUCCAGUAGAGAAGCUAGAUCUUUGAAGGAGCACUCCUUUGAGGCCAGAGGCCAGACCAGCACUUGGAGGAAGUCCUGAGUGGACCAGAAGACUCUUCAUUGGUUGCCCAAAGCUAUAAGUAGCAAUGGCCUCAGUGCGUGCUAUCAGCUUUUAUGAAGCAUUAUAUAGGGCCGUUGUUUUCUCAAGCUGAGAAGUCAAUUUUAACUCAGACCAACCCAUAGGAGAACCAUUGUAUCAUUGUAUUGGCAAUAUUGAAACACAUUUAGAAUGGUUUCUGACUGAAAUUGGCUAUAGAAUUUACUGUUGUUUGUAAUUUACUACACUGUUUUUAUUGAUUAUGGUAUCGUCUGACUUUUCUAGUAUGAUUCCUUCAGCAGACAUGUUGCUCUCGCACAUAUACUGAAGUGGCUUUUCAGCCACAUCCUCCUUAGGGUAGAGACUAUUUACCAAAUGUGAAUUCUUCUAAGAAAGUGUGAAGUUAUGUAGAAAUUGACUGUGAAAUGUCAAAGAAAAAUAAAGUCACUUACUUGAAAGCUA